AGGCUUGUUGCUAGAAGAUGAAAUCUACACGCAUUCACAACAUCUGCUAUCGCUGACGUUUGCGAACAAAACAUUGAAGCGCGUUCAUUCUCAGGCACUGGGGGAAUACCAAUGUUCAGUUAACCUGGGAACGCGGCUCGACACCAGAGCGGCCACCAUGACAGCUAUCAUCACACCAGGUUUACCGGACACAGUGAUUGAGAAGAUCAGCCACGGACUGGCGGGGGACUGGCACAAGUUCGGCAUCCACAUUGGUUUCUCCAGUAUUCAGCUACAGAACCUUCAAGCCUCGUUUCAAACAAUGGGUCUGUGUUGUGCAGUUGCUCGGAUGCUAGACAAGUGGGGGAAAGUUGUUGUUCAAUACUGGAAGAUGGACAAAAGCAUGAGGUUCCUUGGCAGCAUCCUAAAUCAGAUUGAAAGAUGCGACAUCAUGGAGGACCUAAAUCUGGAAAAGACGGAUGGAAACACAUCCGAUUUGACUCUUGACGUGGAAAUAGUAAACAAGCUCAAAAGUAUCUGCCUUUGCCUGAAAUGGUCUUCAAAUAUUGAUGUUCGCCUGUUGAGUCGAGUCCAAAAAUGGAGAGAAGACUGUGAUCUCUUCUACGAGACAAGAGCAUACAAACAGGUUCGACGAAUCGUAGAUGAAAAAGGAAUUGUGAUCAUCAAGGGAAAGCAAGGGGACGGGAAGACAUUCCUUGCUGAACACCUUGUUUUACAUUAUCUUUCCCUUGGAUAUGAAGUGGCAACGGUUAACUCUCCUAAAGAGUGGAGACAGAGAUGGAACCCAACCAUCAGACAGAUCAUAUUCAUUGACGACGUAUUUGGAAAGACUCAAGCUUUUCCAAGUCUUGCCUUGGAACAAUGGGCUAUUCUUGGUCAGGAGAUGACAGAAUGCAUUAGACAGGGCUACACAAAGGUUAUUUCAACUGUUAGAGAUUAUAUUCACAAAGACUGUCAAGGAAUAGUUCGUGGAGUGGAGAUUUUCCGGAACAUUGUAGAUAUUUCAAGUGAUGAGUGGAAACUGACAUUUGAUGAGAAAUUUGGGAUGUUGGCAUUUUAUCUAAAGAACUUUGAUGUAAACAUUGACAAAAGCCAAAUGAAGGAAAUAGCACAGAAUGACUACAUCCAAGGAUUCCCCCUUCGAUGCAGAAUCUUUUUCUCAGACCAGCAGCUCAAGAAGCAAGGACUCGGCUUCUUUCUCGGGCAUUUGGCUGAUGUUCUGGUUGAUGAACUAAAUUACCUGAAGCAAACGGACAAAAUCAAAUAUUUUGCACUUGUGAUGCUGUUGUUUUGGGACGGUGUAAUUCCACAAGAAACUUUUAAAUCUGGCAAGGAACAGAGUGUGAGGACACGAAUUGUUAAAUUCCUCGGACUAAGGUCACCCGAACCAGUUGAAAGACUAUUUACUGUCCUGCGAUCCGAGCUUGGGCUUAAUGCUGAGGUUAUGGAUCUGUGCAAACUCCAUGAAGUCUUUCUUUCCUUGACUGGCACAUACGUCAUUCAGGUGGGAUCAACAUUUCGGUUUUUGCAUGAAUCAGUAGCAGAAGCCAUUGCCUUCACUUUUGGUAAUUCUUCAAAAUACCAAGAUUUCUACAUCUCAUACUGUUCUUUCCAGGAGUUUCAGCAACGCGUUCUGUUAUCGCCAAGUGACUGUCCUUUCAGAAACAACCCAUGUUCAGUAAAUGUGAAUGUUUCAUCUUACUCAACACUGGCUGAACGUCUUACGAUGGAGGUGGAAAGAGGACAUGCAUCAGAUUUGCUCAACAACUCCAGGUUCUUCAAAAAAGGGUUUCCUGAACACUGGAAGAAAUACCUCUCUGGACUUGAAUCUAAAACACUAAAGAGCAUCCUAGACCUGAAGGAUAAGCGAGGAAACAAUUUUGCUAGUCUUGUUGCAAGACAAGGUUGCGUGCCCUUGCUAGAAUUCGUGACAUCCACAACACCCAUACCAACUGUCAGUCAACUCAUGCUACAGGCGGCAUCAACAGGCAAAACAGAAGCCGUGGAAAUGUUGUUGACAGAAGGAGCAAAUAUUAACCAAAAGACAAGUCUUGGUCAAACCGCUUUGCUUCUAUCGUCAGUUGAAGGACAUAUUUCACUGGCCAACUUCCUUCUUGAGAAAGGUGCUGAUAUCAACAUCACAGACACUCAAGGGUGUUGUCCUCUACAUAGCGCGAGUGCUCACGGACAGCUUUCUAUUGUUCAACAGCUUCUUGAGAAAGGUGCAAACAUUAACUGCUGUGACUCGAUCGGUUCCACUGCGAUAUUUUACGCAUCCCUGAAAGGUCAUCUGGAAAUAGUGCAAACACUGAUUGAGCAUGGUGCUGACAUUACAAUGAGCAAUACGUUUGGAGGGCAACCGCUACUUGCAGCAUGUGUCAAUGGACACAUGUCUGUGGUACAGCUUGUGCUUGAUAAGAAACCAGAUUUGAACCAUAAGGAUUUCAAUGGCAAAACAUCCCUCCAUUGGGCGUCGCAGCGCGGGUUCACUGAAAUAGUGGAAACUCUUAUAAGCAAAGGAGCAGAGGUCAACCUCAAAGAUGAGAAAUGGCAAACGCCACUUCACUUAUCAGCCAUGAAGGGUCACACUCACAUCUGGCGUAUCCUUGCGGCUGCAGGAGCCAAUAUGUACAUCACUGACAGAGACGGAAAUACUCCAGUGGCACUGGCGAACAAGGAAUCGAAAAUACCAUUCUUAUUUGACUAAUCUGUGAAUGGUGUAUAUUACGUGUAAAUAAUCACGUUGUUGGAGAAAGGUUAUAUUUUUAUUGAAAAACCCAUCAUUCAACAGACACUGCCCACUGAUGUCUUCAAUGGAGUUGAUAACGAAAAGUGUCAUCUCUACUUUUAUGGAAUGAAUAAACAAUUUCUACUCCUGUC